UCUCCUCUCCGAGCCGGUCUUCCUUCCUUCCUCGAGUGCGUCUCGCCUCCGUCCAAAAAAAGAACAAAUCUUUGUACGAGUCGCCGGUCUCGCCGCCCUUCUCAGACCCCGCCCGCCCGCCACCGCCACCGCCUUGGCCAUUGCCCCCCCUCCGCAUUGCUUCGCUAUAAGUACUCGCCGGAGUGGCCGCCCUGCACCAUAUCCACUCACCUCGGAGCAGCAGCACAAGAAUCAAACAAAGGAGAGCCUUCUUGCGUUCUUUGCUUCCUCCUCCUGUGUGUAGAGGAUUUGAAGGAGAUUUGGAGUGUCUUGAGAGGAUGGCGUUCGCGGUGUCCGACGAGCUGCUCGGCACGUUCGUCCCGAUCGCGGUGUACUGGCUCUACUCGGGGCUGUACAUCGUGCUGGACGCCAUGGGGAUGGACGACUACAGGCUCCACCCCAAGGGGGAGGAGGCCACCAAGAACGUCGUCUCCAAGUGGACCGUCGUCAAGGGCGUCCUCGUCCAGCAGUCCUUCCAGAUCGCCGUCUCCCUCCUCCUCUUCACGAUCAUUGGUGAUGAAAGUGGUACUGUGAGGAAGCAGCCUCCGGCCCUUGUGAUAGCAUUGCAAUUCAUCAUUGCGAUGUUUGUUAUGGACACAUGGCAAUACUUCAUGCACAGAUAUAUGCAUGUCAACAAGUUCUUGUACAAGCAUGUCCACUCCAAGCACCACACUCUUGUAGUCCCGUAUGCCUUUGGAGCUCUCUACAACCAUCCCCUUGAGGGCCUCAUCCUGGACACCAUCGGCGGCGCCCUCUCCUUCCUCAUCGCCGGCAUGACUCCUAAGACGGCCAUAUUCUUCUUCUCGUUUGCGACCAUCAAGACCGUCGAUGACCACUGCGGCCUGUGGCUCCCGGGCAACAUCCUCCAUGUCUUCUUCAGCAACAACAGCGCCUACCAUGACAUUCACCACCAGCUCUAUGGCAACAAGUACAACUUCUCGCAGCCCUUCUUUGUCAUGUGGGACAAGAUCCUCGGAACAUACAUGCCUUACACUCUUGAGAACCGCAAGGGAGGUGGAUUCGAGGCGCGCCCGAUUAAGCUCAAUGUGGCAGAGCAGAGCAAGACCGAUUAAGCUCAAUCUAGCAGAGCAGAGUAAGGCCAAUUAAGCAGUGUUCUUCCUGCCAGUGCACAAAGCUCAUGUCAUGUUGUAGUAUUGCCUGAUUUUUCUAACUACAUUUGUGUUGGUAGUCAGUAGAAGUCUUUUUCAUGUUCAUAUACACAAACCCUUUUGUGGGGGAUGCCAUCUUGUACCAAGGUAUAGCAAAUAAAGCAUUGUGUUAAAAAGAAAUAUCUAGUCAGAUUUAGUUUCC